ACACUCUUUGUGUCAGUAGGCAGUGUGUACUUUUUCCUUUCAGUCCUGGCCAGAAAAAGUAGGAAUUCUGAAAAAGCUGCAAUUAUCCCUCCUGGUUCCUUUGCACCAAGCUCUGUAAAUAAUUUAUUUGGAUUUAAGGGCCUAGAGACGGAAAAGCACAUUGAGCCUCUUGGUAACCAGGCAAAUUCUUCGUUCAGAACUUGAAUGCAGCGGCAAAGAAAAAUGUUUCUUUGAAAUCAGAGAAGACAGAGUGACCCAAGGGCUCAGGCGUGAGGUGAGGCUGGAGUUGGUCAGAUCGCAGCCUGAGAAGGUUUUUGUGGCAUGUAAAGAUCACCUGCGAGGUUUCUGCGUCCACGUUGGUCACUUUCACCACGGGAUCUCGGAAGCGCAGCUGUGGAGGGGAAAUGCAGAGAUGCCCCAGCAGGCACUUCCCAAACCCCUCCUGCUGCACUCAAUACCUGGAUGAAACAAAGAAAAUUGUGUUUGCCAGGCCAGCUCACUGAAGUCACAAGAUUCCGAGUGUCAUGCUGCAUUCCGGGACGCCUAGCACCUCUCCUCGGGAGGGGCUCGCUGCUGGCCAUGCGGGAACAGCUGCUGAUCAGACUUUUCAAAUAAAGACGUUUAGUACAGAGUUGAAAAACCAUGUGAUGGUCAUGGAUUUUGUGAAGAGUAACUGGUUUCCCUCCCAGAGAAGAGCCAAAGUUUGUAUCAUCCACUUGUGUCAAGGCCUGAAGACGGCAGAGCAGCCAGCCAGCAGAUAUGAGAUCCACAGCCGGGUUUUCUCAUCCCCUAAAGAUCAAUCUUCCCGGGAAAGAGGUGAAAGUCUUCUGAACGCAGGACCAAGGGACAACCACUGCAGUCCUAACAAUCCAAUUGCCCUUCGGAAUCUCCAAUCAGAUGUUCUAGAGAGGAAACCGGACUUCCCCAAGGAGGCUCUGGCAACGCAAAACUCAAAAAUGAUUUCAUCCAUAGUAAUUUCGCAGCUGAUUGAUGAGAAUAAACCAAGAGAACCCGGGGCCGCCUUACCCCUGCCAUGUGUGAUCGCUCAACCUCGAGCAUGUCCCACCAAGCCAGCGUCCACGAACCGCAGCAGAGUCAGCAUCCACAGGGCCUUGGCGUUACUGCCCGGCAAGCUGGGGGUCCACAGACGGUCAGACGAGCGAGGAUCGGAAGCUGAACUGUUGCCCACUGCCGACCGAGGCCUCCGCAAGGGGUUCGCGUCCAUCACCAUCACCGCCCGGCGUGUUCGCCCAGCAGCCAGUGCCCUGGUGUGGGGCACUGUUGGGGAGUCGCCGUGUCCCAGGUGCAGGGCCGAGGACGCUCUGCUCGGGGUCCCAUCGGCUGGUGCCCAGCCACAUCAGCACCAUGGACCUUUUGACUGCGCAGAGUGCCCCAGAAACGGCUCGCUGAUGAGGCUGAAGGUUCCCGAGGCCCGUGCUGGGCUGUGUGCGGGAAACGAGUACUGGGUCACCCACGUAGACCACAAAGAGGGCCGGUUUUCUGCAGACCCUCCGCCAUCGGGAAAGACCCCGCUGGCAUUCAGUUCCUGUGUCCACCUCCAGAUGUCUCGGCAGUGUCAGAAUUCCAUCUACUACUUGGACAAGUCUCUGUCUCUCCCUGUUGAGCAACCUCAAAUUGCAAGCCCCAAAGUGCACAGAUCCGUCCUGUCACUCAACCUCAGUUGUAGUUCCCACGGGUUAACAGCAGAUGGAGUAGACGGCCCAGCUAAUGAAGAGCCAAUGAGCAGCGGCCUGAGGCAGGAGCUCGCAGAGGGAAACCUGGACCUCCAAAGCCCACACUGGAGCCCAGCUUUACAAGAAAGUCACUCCAAGGAAAACCUAUCGUUGGGGCGGGUGCGCCUGGGGACUGGCACAUGUCCUUGGAGUAGCUCUCCUCUCUCUGAAAAUAUAGAACUUGCAGAUGUUGGGACUAACCUGGACACUGUGAGAAAAGGGAAAGAGGACCACGCGGAUCCUUGCACCAGCAGUCACGCGGAGCAACUGGCCAUUCACAUUCCUGGCUGGAGUUACAAGGCAGUAGAAACAAAAGUAUAUUCUGGAAGCACCAAGGAGCAGCACGGAGCAGCGUGUGUGUCAUUGUCUGCUCCCCCAGAGGAACAGAAGCCCAUUAAACCUUUCCCUCCCGAUGGGGACAGGCCACCAAGCGAUGACUGUGAGUCUAGCGACCUUUUUGAGCCCAGAGAGAGACAACAUCCAAGCCUCCUGAGUCCCAAAGUCCCUAUGCCUGGGUUUCUGUGCCCCUUGCAAGAGGCAAGGCCAUCUCUGCAGGAAGACAAUGGUGCUCAGAUAGAAAGAGGGCUUCCCGAAGGAGAUUACACGUGCUGUGACCUGGUUGUAAAAAUAAAAGAAUGUAAGAAGAGUGAGGAGCCCACUGUGCCUGAGCCCUCACCAGAGCCACCCUCACCAGCAGCCCCCCAGGGAGCAGAGACCUUUAACCUGUCAGAAGAGGGUUCUGAGCUUGAGCAAACGCCUGCCAACUCCUUGACCUUGCAGGAAGCGCUGGAGGCCCACAGGCCUCAGUUCAUUUCUCGCUCUCAAGAGCGGCUGAGAAAGCUGGAGCGCAUGGUGCAGCAGAGGAAGGCCCAGCAGACGGAGCACCCAGAGCAGAAGCCGAGCCGGCUCCCCGUGCGCGCCAACAAGAAGCAGUUCACCGUUCCCCAUCCUCUCAGUGAUAACUUGUUCAAACCCAAAGAAAGGUGCAUUUCAGAGAAGGAGAUGCAUAUGAGAUCUAAAAGAAUCUAUAAUAACUUGCCAGAAGUUAAAAAGAAGAAAGAAGAGCAAAAGAAAAGGGUUAUCUUACAGAGCAACAGACUCCGAGCUGAAGUCUUCAAAAAGCAAUUACUGGACCAGCUCCUUCAAAGGAACGCAGUCUGACCUGGGCUGCCCUGCUGACCACAACCUGGACCUGGGAAGACUUCAAACACUGGAUAAGCCAUUAAACUUAGCAUUACCUUCACAACAUGAAAACACGUAUUUUACUUUUGAUUUUUUUUUUUUCCAUAAAGGAAAGAAUCACUUCCUGAAUGACCCAAACAAACAGCACGCCUGAGGAACUAGGUCAGCAGUCUUGCAGGGACAUUGACUCCAUGGAACCCGAUAGUCUUUGUCCCUUUCUUUUUUCUUUUUUUAACUUCCCAAUUUUACCUUUGUGUCUAGGGCUUCUCCCGGCCAUUUCCACCAAGCAGAUGGGCCUUGUAUACUCAAGUGUGUUUUGGUUUCUGGGGGAUGUUUUUUUUUUUUUUUAAAUAAGAUUUCUGGGACCAAAAUCCAUCACUUUUUAUAUACAAAUCCCAACAUCUGCCAAUUCUUGCAAAAUCCAAAAUGGGGGUCCUCACAGCAUGUUUUAAAAGUGCAUCCCUAAUGCCAGAGACUGCAGAGAGAGAGAGCAAACUGCCUCCCUCAGCUGCCCUCUCUCCCCAGCCCCCCACAGCGCCUGACCUGGCUUAGCUAGAGUCUGUUUCACCGGAAGCUGAGGGCAGAAUCAGCUGAUAACUCUGUAGGGACAUCAGUGUUUUCUGCACACGCACCCCUUCCUCAAAAGCUGUUUUGUUAAAGUGGCCUAAGAGCUCCAACUCUGCUAUUUGUUUUUCCAAACACUUACAAUGUCCAGUAUUUAUAAACGUAUUCAGGAAGUUAAGAAAAGCUAGUUUUUAUAGCAAAAAGGAAAUA